UCUCAAUGUGCUUCUUGCUUAUCACGAUUCAGAUCGAGGGCACAAGAUGAAGAUGCACAAGACCUUUUGAAAGCAGCAGCCUCUCAUUGCUUAUUUUAAUUUUUUUGAUUUGAAUUUAAUUUCCUCAUUUCACUUGCGUCUCAGCUGUCAUAUUGCCUCGUCUGAGCCACUAUGGAAGCCAGUGCAUUCCAGCUGACUGGGAGCGAGACUCGUUUGUUCUCAUGACACACUUCCAUCCAUUCAUCACAUUGGGAGAGAGCUGUGAAUUGGCUUUAACUUUUUUCCUUUUUCACCGUCGAAGAGUGCGGCUGCCGUGGGGACUUUGUGCACUUGAGGUCUGCUUGGCGUUGCAGUGGGCGUCCUGCUUGUCGGUGUUGAAGCAGCAAUGUGGAGCGGCAAGAGCAAGAGCGCGUCUCGGCUGCUCUCCUGCCUGGCGCUUGUGGCUUUGUGGAGAACCAGAUUUGUCAGUGGAGACGCCGCAUCUGAUGCCUUCAAAACCAACAUCACUCUGUUCACACGCAUCCUAGACAAUCUGCUAGAUGGCUAUGAUAACCGUCUCCGUCCUGGUCUCGGAGACAGGGUAACUGAGGUGAAGACAAACAUCUUUGUCACCAGUUUCGGACCUGUUUCGGACACAGACAUGGAAUACACCAUCGAUGUUUUCUUCAGGCAAACCUGGAAGGAUGAGAGAUUAAAAUUUCAUGGACCAAUGAAUAUUUUGCCUCUCAACAACCUGAUGGCAAGUAAAAUCUGGACCCCGGAUACUUUUUUCCAUAAUGGGAAAAAGUCUGUGGCUCAUAACAUGACCAUGCCUAAUAAAUUGCUGAGGAUCAAAGAUGAUGGGACGUUACUGUACACGAUGAGGUUAACCGUGCAUGCAGAAUGCCCAAUGCAUCUGGAGGAUUUCCCCAUGGACUUUCAUUCCUGUCCGCUUAAAUUUGGAAGCUACGCCUACACAAUCUCAGAAGUGACUUAUGCCUGGACUCUGAAUGCCUCAGAGUCCGUAGUUGUGGAAGGAGAAAGCUCACGUCUGAAUCAGUAUGACUUACUUGGACAAACAGCAGGCCAAGAAACUAUUAAAUCAAGUACAGGUGAAUACACCGUGAUGACAGCUCAUUUCCAUCUGAAGAGGAAGAUUGGCUAUUUUGUCAUCCAGACAUACCUCCCAUGCAUCAUGACUGUCAUCCUCUCCCAAGUGUCUUUCUGGCUGAAUAGAGAAUCAGUGCCAGCAAGAACUGUAUUUGGGGUAACCACUGUUCUCACGAUGACAACGCUGAGUAUAAGUGCUCGCAACUCCCUUCCGAAGGUCGCAUAUGCCACUGCCAUGGACUGGUUCAUCGCUGUCUGCUAUGCUUUUGUCUUCUCCGCUUUGAUUGAGUUUGCCACAGUCAAUUACUUCACCAAGCGUGGCUGGGCCUGGGAUGGAAAGAGUGUUGUGACUGACAAGAAAAAAGAGAGGGCAUCUGUGAUAAAGAAGAACAACGCCUACGCUGUAGCAGUGGCCAAUUAUGCGCCCAAUAUUACUAAGGACUCCAGCACACUUCCAACCAUUGCCAAAGGAGGCACUUUGGAAUUCAACAAGGUCAAAGGAGACGGAAAAGUCGAGAGCAAGAAGACAUUCAAUAGUGUUAGCAAAAUUGACAGGAUGUCACGGAUUAUGUUUCCUGUUCUCUUUGGUUCAUUCAACCUAGUUUACUGGGCCACCUACUUAAACAGAGAACCCGUCAUCAAGGACAUGGUGCCCUCUACUUAGAGACCAGUUUUGGUCAAGGGGGCUUAAAACCAAAUACCUCCAACAACUGUGUGUACAUACUUUUGCAGAGUGAUGUCUUGGAUUGCAGUGUAAUCCUCUAGCUCCGCCUAUUUUCUACACUGUCUGCAGCACUUUUGAGAAACGUGUCUUUUGUAAAUGUCUCUGUCUAUUUAUAUUGAAUUUUCAUUGUGUGAUAACUUCAAUUAGAAUGUGUAUAUUUCCUUGAAAGUACGUUUCCAGUUUAAGUAUGUGACCAUUGUACAUAUGCUAUCAAUGUUAACAUAAACAUAUACAAUUAUUUAAAAGUACUUCUAAAUAUUUUCGAUUUUGAUGUAAUCACCAUUUGCUUGAUGUUUCUGUAUAUGAUUUUUGUUUUUGUUUUUUUACUUUGAGGUUACGUUUGACUUUUUCUGUUUUGCCAUUUAAAGGUGGCCUGGCAUUUUCUUGCAAGACAAUGCAAAAACACAGUUGUAUUAAAUUGUUGCAGAAUAAAUGUUUUAUUAUCUGUGAUUCUUGGUAUGGGGCUUCAAUCAACAUGAAAAAAAAAAACUCAAACGUAUGAAGUUGAAUCAAGGCUGAAAUGCACUUGCAUUAUUAUUUAAUCGCUAACAAAAAUUAAAACUGGGAUUUUAGGUUCACUUGGCAUGCGUUAAAAUGCAUUUCCACAUGUGGCCACUAAGGGAGGUAAGUAUACAAGAAAAUGCAACACAGUCCUUUGAGAUGAUAUAAUAACAUUCAAAUAUAGUAAAAGGGUACACUUGGUGGCGGUUUUGACAUUUCGGGGUAGCACAAAGAUAGCAACAUUUGUCUUUUACUCAGGCUUUUAGUUUUUUUGUGAAAAUAG